GCGCGGGCGAGGCGGAAGCGCGCGCGGGGUCGGAGGUGGCGGCUGUUGAUGUUGACAGGGCCGCGGAGCGCCGGCGGGGCCCGAGCAGCGCGGCCCGCGCGGCCCCGCGCCCCGUGCGCGCCCCGCCAUGACCAUCCUCCCCAAGAAGAAGCCGGUCCCGGCUCCCGACGCUGACGGCGACUCCGGCCCGGACGCGGGGCCCGAGCGCGGCGCGGACGCGGGGCCCGAGCGCGGCGCGGGCGGCGUGGGCGAGCCCGGCGGGCCCGGCGUGGGCGGCCCGCGGCCCCGCGCCUCGCCGCCGCCGCCGCUGCGGGGCUGGCCCGGCCUGCCCGGCGCCGCCGGCUCGCCCCCGCCCGCGGGGCCCGGCGGGCCCGGCAGCGGCGGGCCCGGCGCCGCCGACGGCCCCGCGGCGCUGCUGGGGCUGGAGGCGGCCGCGCUCGGGCUGCCCGAGCCCCGCGGGCCCGGCGGCUGCGGCGGCGGCGGCGGCGGCCCCGGGCACAGCAAGCGGCGGCGGCGCGGCGGCGCCGGGCCCAGCGCGGGCCCCGCGGGCUCGGGCCCCGGCUGCGGGCUCGGGCUCGGGCUGGGGCUGGGCCCCGGCUGCGGCAGCCCCGGGCGCGACGAGGCGGGCGGCGGCUACAACAGCGAGGAUGAGUACGAGGCGGGCAGGGUGGAGAUGGACCCCGCCACGGCCGAGCAGCAGGAGCACCGGUUCGAGAAGGCUCUGCGGGAGAAGAAAGGCUUCAUCAUCAAACGCAUGAAGGAGGACGGGGCCUGCCUGUUCCGGGCCGUGGCUGAUCAGGUGUACGGAGACCAGGACAUGCACGAGGUGGUGAGGAAGCACUGCAUGGACUACCUGAUGAAGAACGCUGAUUAUUUCUCCAACUACGUCACGGAGGAUUUCACCACCUACAUCAACCGCAAGCGCAAGAGCACCUGCCACGGGAACCACAUCGAGAUGCAGGCCAUGGCCGAGAUGUACAACCGGCCCGUCGAGGUCUACCAGUACGGCACUGAGCCCAUCAACACGUUCCACGGGAUCCAGCACAACGAGGACGAGCCCAUCCGGGUCAGCUACCACCGCAACAUCCACUACAACUCUGUGGUGAACCCCAACAAGGCCACCAUCGGCGUGGGGCUGGGGCUGCCCUCCUUCAAACCGGGGCUGGCGGAGCAGUCCCUGAUGAAGAGCGCCAUCAAGACGUCGGAGGAGUCGUGGAUCGAGCAGCAGAUGCUGGAGGACAAGAAGCGCGCCACCGACUGGGAGGCCACCAACGAGGCCAUCGAGGAGCAGGUGGCCCGCGAGUCCUACCUGCAGUGGCUGCGCGACCAGGAGAAGCAGGCGCGCCAGCCCCGCAAGGCCAGCGCCACGUGCAGCUCGGCCACGGCGGCGGCGGCCAGUGGCCUGGAGGAGUGGAGUGGCCGCUCGCCGCGGCCCCGCAGCGCCGCCCCCUCCCCCGAGCACCCCGGGCUGCACCCCGAGACCCCCGGCCCCAAACCCCCCUCGCCCGGAGCGCCCCCCGCCGGGAAACCCCCCUCGCCCUGUGCCCCAGGCACCAGCAGCCAGGGCGGCGCGGGGGGCGGCCGGGCCACGCCGCCGCUGGUGUCGCUGUACCCCGCGCUCGAGUGCCGCGCCAUCAUGCAGCAGAUGUCCCCGACCGCCUUCGGCCUGAACGACUGGGAGGACGACGAGAUCCUGGCGUCGGUGCUGGCGGUGUCGCAGCAGGAGUACCUGGAGACCAUGAAAACCUCGCGCCACAGAGACCCCGCCGCCGACAAGAGUUGAUAUUGAACCCCCGGACUGCGCCCCCCGCCCCCCGGAGACCCUCCCCCACCCGAAAAAAAAACACACAAAAAAAAAAAAACACCAAAAAAAAAAAAAAAAAACCACGGCCGAGCCCUGCCCCCCUCCCCAAAACAACUCCCACCCCCCAAAAAAAAAACAAACCGGCGGAGGGACCUGAGGGGGGGGGGGAGCGUGGGGGUGGCACAGACCCCUCCCCCCCCCGCAGAAAUGGGGGAGGGGCUCACAGCGCUGGACGCCGCGGAUGAACCUCGGCUGCUGUUGGGGGAGGGGAGAAGAUGAUGAUGAUGAUGGUGAUGAUGAUGAUGGAGAUGAAGAAGGAGAAGACCCCUCCUCAAAUUGACAGGGACUGGGGGAGCGCUGGGGGGAGGGGCUGUUAUUUUUUUUUUUGGUAGGGUCUCCUCUUUGUUCCCCUCCCCCCACCGUGGGAUUUUUGCUGUUUGGGGGAGGG